UUUAGCCGAGAAGAAGAAGAGUUCACUGUUAAUUGCCUUUGUUAUGGACGAAGCGAUUCUUGGUAGAAAAAUAAUAAUUUCCGCAGAAAACUAAAUUUUGCCACGGAUGGUAUUAUAAAUUAUAGUGAUAAUUUGCAUUGUGGUGAUUCGACUGAAUUUGAGAAUACUGUAAGCAUUAAAUUGCGAAAAAUGGUGUUGGAAAAAUUGUAAGCAAAGCGGGUGGAGUACAUUUUGUCAGCGGUAGUAGGGUGUAGGCGCUGUAAUUUGGAAAUCGAUUGGUAUUUUAAUGAAAAAUGCCUACUAAACGUGUAAUUGAAUAGUAAAUAACUGAAACGAAUUUAGUUAAAAGCGCGUACUGGUAAAUAUGUGUAAUUAUCGUAUAAAUGUCCUAAAACACUCAAAUAUAUACAGGACGCAAAACAAUUGGCUGCUGGAGAGCAGUUGCUGCAGAAAGCAUUAAAAGAGGCGCUGGCUAUGUUAAGAAGGUAGCAUAAUGCCAUCGAAAAUAUUAAGCCACGCCAAAGCCUUCCAUAAAAUAAGUAAACGUUUGCUUACAUCAGAAUUACGCCAGCCAAAUAAACACAUACAAAAUAUUGAUAUACAGAAAUUUUAUAACAAAUAUGAAAAGUUAUGAUUAUCAGCGCUGGAGCAAUAAAAUCCAUGUAUGAAUACAUAUAUCAAUGAGCGCUUGCAUUGCACUAGUUAAAUGCGGCACCGCAGAUAGACUUUAUCAGACAGCUGCAUACACACAUGUACUCCCGCCAAAGUGUACGUCAACAAAUAAGUUUUGUGAUAUUUUCGUCUAUUAUAAGUACGAUUAAACCAGAGAAGAUUAGAAAUUGAAACGACAAAUACAGCUAUAAGAAUCUACAAACAAGGGCUAAAAGUUAUAUGUAGUAUUAAUCAAGAUGAUAGCGUUUCGCCAUUAGUAUAUCAAUUAAUUCUAUUACAUUACUGGUUGAUCUGUAAACGGCAAAGAACACUUUAUUCAACAAUAACCUCACCACCGUCAACACAUCUACCAUACAGCUUGUAAUGUUGUCCGACCUUGAUGACACCGAUGAGUUGGACACUAUUGCCGAUGUUAUGGGCUUACGCUCACAGAACCGUCUCAAUACAUUUCGCGAAAUGUGGUAUCAUAUAUUUUUGUGGGCGCUCUUCUCCUCCAUUUUCAUACACACAUGCGCGGCGUUGGUUGCCUUUGUGACCCUGCGCAAACACAAAUUCGGACGCUUUUUCUCCAUACUGAUACUGGUAAUGGGAUUUCUAUCACCAGCAAUGAGCGGCAUCGUUAGUAGUGCCGUGAUAGCAUUCGUGCAUCGGGCCUCUAGUUUGCCAAUGUCGCCAAUUUACGCGAUGGUCUGGGGAGUGGGCCAAACAAUAGUGUCAGCGUGUUUAGGGUUUACACGAAUAUUGGCCACGCUAUAGAAAAUGGGAACAUGCUUGGGGGAGGAAUGGCAAAGAGUGAGUGACAGACAGACGGACAGUUCCAUAUACAUAUGUAUACAGACACACUCGUAAGGUCUUAGUGAUAAUCGCCUAGUGUUUUAAGUCUAAUAAUAACGAAUGAUAAGUAAAUUAAAGGAAAUACAUAUAAAAAAUAUAUUAAUUCCUUAAUUGUGCAGUAAAUUAUAAUCGUUUGCCCAUUAGUGUAUUUUGUAAUUAAGGUUUCUAAACAUGUUUGUCUUCAUUAUGUUAAAUAAAAUACUUCUAAUUUAAAAUUUUUGUAUUCUAUAUUUAUACCUUCAGUUAAGUAUUUCCUGUGUUGACAAUUGAUAAAAACUAUAUAUACAACAUGUAAAACAGAAUUAAUAAAUUAUAUACAUACAUACUUAAGUAUUCAACCACACAUGCAUAGAGACAUAUAUUCAUUCAACUUUUUACAUAAAACAUAGCCAGUAAGCGUAAAUUAGCCAAAUGUCGUAAAUAAAAGCAUUCAAAAAUAUAACUAAUUGAGAUACAUACAUACAUGCAUAUGUACGUAGUAUGUAUGUACUACAGCUUAAAUUAAAAAACUUAUAACUGGACUUUUGAAAGAGUUAUAAUCUAAAAUUUCUACUCGACUACACACCACGCCCUGCUUAACCGCCAACGAACCUAAUUUUAACAGUCUAUAAAGUAUGUACAAAUUUUCAGCCAAUUAGAGCAAUAUGCAUGACAAUUGAUUUGUGCGCAAACUGUUGGAAUGCUAAUACAAAAUUCGUGUAGUAGAUUACUAAGUUUUUUCUUAAAAUCAAAGGCAGGCCUACAUAUCAAAUACAUAGACACUGUCAAAUAACGCUUUACCAUUUGGAAAAGUAUAUACAUAUUUGGAAAGGGAAAUAAAACUGCUGACGUCUUGAAACAUUUCGCAAACACUUUUUGACUUAAACUCAAAAAACUCGAAACUAAUUUUUUGUUUUACUUAACUGGAAUUAAUUCGAAACAAUAAUAAAAAAGUGUUCACUUGUUUCGUAAAAAAAAAAUACCUUCAGGAGGUCGGAAUGAUUCAUUUGAAGACCUAAGGUAGCAUACAUUUGUCGCUUAACAUGGUGCAUACAAAAUACAUUUAUAAUUUUGUCCACAUCAUAGAUUCACACUCACAUCGAAAUCGAUAUUCAAAUUAUUUCAUCAUUCAAUUUGGCCUAAAAAACCAGUCCAAGAAAUUAUGAGAAAAAUGCAAUCAAGAUUUUUAGCUAAGAUUUUAAUACUCAAUUAAUAUCUUCAUAAGUAUGUGUACGUAGACUUCAUAAAACAGUUAGUUUAUUUUCUAUAUUCUCAAGUAAUCAAAAAAUUUAAAUAAAAAACAUUUGUAUUGCAUAUUAUAUUUUUACUCAAUGCGAUAAAUCGCUUAGGGACGACAGAAUUAAGAAAAUUAAUACGAUUAUUUCUAAAUUGGUUGGCAGUCGGUCGAGGCCACAUCGUUUUCAAUGUACAAUUUGUCAAAUUACUUAAGCAAAUAUAUACUAAAACAAAUGAUAGCAAAAAUUAAUAUAGUAAAUAUUGUAUAACAAAAUUACGGAAUAUGCGAAUAUGUGAUUUUAAAUUAUAAUUAAUAAAUACUAUUAGCAAUUGUGUAUAAUCAAAUAAUAUUCUAAUUUACGGUAUU